CCGCUCCGGAUCCCGGCCCGGCCAUGGCGCUGCUGCUGCACCUGCGGGCCGUCACGGAGCUGCGGGGCCGGGGCGACCGCAUCGCCAAAGCGGCCUUCAGAGGCCUCUCCUUCUACACCCGCGUGAUCGAGAACUGCGAGGAUGAAGCCAAGUUUGACGAGACCUUCCGGUGGCCCAUUGCCAGCAACAUCGAUGGCAACGAGAUGCUGGAGAUCCAGGUCUUCAACUACAGCAAGGUCUUCUCCAACAGACUCAUUGGCACUUUCCGGAUGGUCCUGCAGAAGGUGGUGGAGGAAGGGCAGCUGGAGGUGACGGACACAUUAAUAGACGACAACAACUCCGCUAUUCGGACCAGCGUCUCCAUAGAGAUCCGAUACCAGGCCAUGGACGGCACAGUGGGCACGUGGAGCGACGGGGAGUUCCUGGAGAGCCGCUCGGAGAGCGAGGGCAGGUACGCCCUGGAGACCGACAGCCUGAUCUCCGGCCACCGGCACGGCACCUCGGGGCCCCCCAGCAAGUCGGCGGAGAGGAGCUUCCGGAGAGCCGGGAAAGGAGUAUUUUCGGCGAUGAAACUGGGCAAGAUGCGCCCACCGAAAGAGGAUCACCGGAAGCAAGAUGAACCAGCCGUCCUGGAGACAGAAGACCUGGACCGGAAAGCCAUGCGGCUUGGAGGAGGCCUGGACCCAGACACCAUCUCUCUGGCGUCGGUCACCGCUGUUACCACUAAUGUUUCGAACAAAAGGUCAAAGCCUGACAUCAAGAUGGAGCCAAGUGCUGGCCGGCCAAUGGAUUACCAAGUGAGCAUCACGGUCAUCGAGGCACGGCAGCUGGUGGGGCUGAACAUGGACCCUGUGGUGUGCGUGGAGGUGGGAGAUGAGAAGAAGUACACCUCCAUGAAGGAGUCCACCAACUGCCCCUACUACAACGAGUACUUUGUCUUCGAUUUCCACGUGCCCCCGGACGUCAUGUUUGAUAAGAUCAUCAAGUUGUCGGUGAUCCACUCUAAGAACCUCCUGCGCAGCGGGACCUUGGUGGGCUCCUUCAAAAUGGACGUGGGGAUGGUUUACACACAGCCUGAGCACCAGUUCUACCACAAAUGGGCCAUCCUGUCCGACCCCGAGGACCUCACGGCUGGGCUGAAAGGCUACCUGAAGUGCGACAUCGCGGUGGUGGGGAAAGGGGACACCAUCAAGACGCCGCACAAAGCCAACGAGACCGACGAGGACGAUAUCGAGGGGAACCUGCUCCUCCCCGAUGGCGUCCCCCCAGAGAGACAGUGGGCUCGCUUCUACGUCAAGAUCUACCGUGCAGAGGGGCUCCCGCGUAUGAACACCAGCAUCAUGGCCAACGUGAAGAAGGCUCUCAUUGGGGAGAACAAGGACCUGGUGGAUCCCUAUGUCCAAGUGCUCUUUGCAGGGCAACGGGGGAAGACGUCAGUGCAGAAGAGCAGCUACGAGCCCCAGUGGCACGAGCAGAUCGUUUUCACGGAGAUGUUCCCCCCGCUGUGCAAGAGGAUCAAGAUCCAGAUCCGGGACUCAGACAAGGUCAACGACGUAGCCAUUGGGACACACUUCAUUGACCUGCGGAAGAUCUCCAACGAGGGGGACAAAGGCUUCCUGCCCACCUUUGGCCCAGCCUGGGUGAACAUGUACGGCUCCACCCGCAACUACACGCUGAUGGAUGAGCACCAGGACCUGAAUGAAGGGCUGGGAGAGGGCGUCUCCUUCCGCGCCCGGCUGCUCAUCAGCCUGGCCAUCGAGAUCCUGGACACGAGCAACCCCGAGAUCAACAGCUCCACCGAGGUGCAAGUGGAGCAGGCCACGCCGGUCGCAGACAAUUGCACUGGGAAAAUGGAGGAGUUCUUCCUCUUCGGAGCCUUCCUGGAAGCAUCCAUGAUCGAUAGAAAGAUUGGGGACAAGCCCAUCAACUUUGAGGUCACCAUAGGUAACUACGGGAACCAGAUUGACGGUACCGGCAAGCCCAGCCCACGGAGGAGGAAGGAAGACGGGGACGAGGAGGAGUCUGAGCUGCUCCAGAGCCUGAGUGAUGACGAGGCCGAUGAGGACGGGGAGCUGGUUUCUGUCUCCUCCACUCCACCCUUGAAGCCCCUGAUCACUGACAGGAACUACUUCCACUUGCCUUACUUUGACAAGAAGCCCUGCAUCUACAUCAAGAGCUGGUGGCAGGACCAGCGGCGGAGGCUGUACAACUCCAACAUCAUGGACAAGAUUGCCGACAAGCUGGAAGAGGGCCUCAACGACGUGCACGAGAUGAUCAAGACGGAGAAGCCGCACCCCGAGCGCCGGCUCCGGGGGGUCCUGGAGGAGCUGAGCAGCGGCUGCUUCCGCUUCGUGACCCUCGCCAACAAGGACGAGAACCACUCCUCCCGGACCCGGCUGGACCGCGAGCGCCUCAAGUCCUGCAUGAGGGAGCUGGAGAACAUGGGCCAGCAAGCCAAGACGCUGAGGUCCCAGGUGAAGAAAAACACCAUGAAGGACAAGCUGAAGCUGGUGCAAAACUUCCUGCAGAAACUCCGCUUCCUGGCCGACGAGCCUCAGCACAGCAUCCCCGACAUCUUCAUCUGGAUGAUGAGCAACAACAAGCGCAUCGCCUAUGCCCGCAUCACCUCCAAGGACAUCCUCUACUCCAUCGUGGAUGAAGAGACGGGGAAGGACUGCGCCAAAGUCAAGACCGUCUUCCUGAAGCUGCCCGGCAAGAGGGGCUUUGGGCCGGCCGGCUGGACGGUGCAAGCCAAGAUGGACAUCUACCUGUGGCUGGGCCUCAACAAGCAGCGCAAGGACUUCCUCAGCGGCCUGCCUUGCGGCUUCGAGGAGAAGAAGACCGUCAAAGGCCAAGGCAUCCCAUCCUUCCCCCCCAUCAGCCUCCUCUACACAAAGAAACAGGUCUUCCAGCUCCGUGUCCACAUGUACCAGGCCAGGAGCCUCUUCGCCGCAGACAGCAGCGGUCUCUCAGACCCCUUUGCCCGGGUCUUCUUCAUCACCCAGAGCCAGUGCACAGAGGUGCUGAAUGAGACCCUGUGCCCCACUUGGGACCAGCUGCUGGUCUUCGACAAUGUGGAGCUGUUUGGAGAAGUCCAUGAGAUGCGGGACGAUCCCCCCAUCAUCGUCAUUGAGAUCUAUGACCAGGACACGGUGGGGAAGGCAGAUUUCAUGGGCCGCACCUUUGCCAAGCCAGUGGUGAAGAUGUCGGACGAGGACUACAGCGGGCCGCGCUUCCCGCCCCAGCUGGAGUACUACCAGAUCUACCGGGGCAACUCCACCGCCGGCGACCUGCUGGCCGCCUUCGAGCUGCUCCAGAUUGGCUCCGGGGGCAAGUCGGACUUGCCCCCCAUCGACGGUCCCACAGACAUGGACCGGGGCCCCAUCCUGCCUGUGCCCAUGGGGAUCCGGCCUGUGCUGAGCAAGUACAGAGUGGAGAUCCUCUUCUGGGGGCUGCGGGACCUGAAGCGCGUGAACCUGGCACAGGUCGACCGGCCCCGCGUGGACAUCGAGUGCGCCGGCCGGGGCGUCCAGUCCUCCUUGAUCCAGAACUACAAGAAGAACCCCAACUUCAGCACCUUGGUCAAGUGGUUCGAAGUGGACCUCCCGGAGAACGAGCUGCUGCACCCGCCCCUGAACAUCCGGGUGGUGGACUGCCGGGCCUUCGGGCGCUACACCCUCGUGGGCUCGCAUGCCGUCAGCUCCCUGCGCAAGUUCAUCUACCGGCCCCCGGACAAGAAAGCCCAGCAGUGGAGCACCACAGGCGAGAUCGUCGUCAACAUGGAGCCAGAAGUUCCCAUCAAGAAGAUGGAGACAAUGGUGAAGCUGGAGGCCAACUCGGACGCGGUGGUCAAGGUGGACGUGCCUGAAGAUGAGAAGGAGAAGGAAAAGAAGAAGAAGAAGAAGAAAGGUGGAGCGGAGGAGAUGGAGGAGGAGGAGCCCGAUGAGAGCAUGCUGGACUGGUGGUCCAAGUACUUCGCUUCCAUUGAGACCAUGAAGGAGCAACUCCGGCAGCAGGAGGCAGCUGCAGCAGAGGCCGAGGAGAAGGAAGAAAUGGACAUAGCAGAGGGCUCCAAGGGCCAGCCCAAGACCAAGGAGAAGGUCAAGGCGCCCAAGGAGGACAAGAAGAAGAAGCAGCAGCAACAGCAGCAGCAGCAGCAGCAACCUGAGGUCCCCGAGAAGAAGAACAAGCAGAAAAUUGAUGAGAUGAAGAUCUUCAACAAAGAGCUGGAAGCCGAGUUCGACAACUUCGAGGACUGGCUGCACACAUUCAACCUCUUCCGGGGCAAGAUUGGGGAUGACGACGACAGCACGGCAGAUGACGAGCGCAUCGUGGGGAGGUUCAAGGGCUCCAUGUGCGUCUACAAAGUGCCGCUCCCGGACGACAUCACCAAGGAGGCAGGCUACGACCCCAACUUCGGCAUGUUCCAGGGCAUCCCCAGCAACGACCCCAUCAACGUGCUGGUCCGUGUGUACGUCAUACGGGCUACAGACCUGCACCCUGCCGACAUCAACGGGAAAGCUGACCCCUACAUCGCCAUCAAGCUGGGCAAGACAGACAUCAAGGACAAGGAGAACUACAUCUCCAAGCAGCUCAACCCCAUCUUUGGAAAGUCGUUCGACAUCGAGGCCACCUUCCCCAUGGAGUCCAUGCUGACAGUAGCAGUGUACGACUGGGACCUAGUGGGCACCGACGACCUUAUCGGGGAGACCAAGAUCGACCUGGAGAACCGCUACUACAGCAAGCACCGGGCUACCUGCGGCAUCUCCCAGACCUAUGCCAUCCAUGGCUACAACAUCUGGCGAGACCCCAUGAAGCCCACACAGAUCCUGUCCAAGCUGUGCAAGGAGGGCAAGGUGGAUGGGCCCCACUUCGGGCCCAGCGGACGGGUGAAGGUGGCCAACCGCGUCUUCACUGGCCCCACCGAGAUCGAGGAUGAAAAUGGCCAGAAGAAGAAGACGGAUGAGCACCUGGGGCUGAUGGUCCUGCACCACUGGGAGGACAUCCCGCGCGUGGGCUGCCGCUUGGUGCCUGAGCAUGUGGAGACGCGGCCACUGCUCAACCCCGACAAGCCUGGCAUCGAGCAGGGCCGGCUGGAGAUGUGGGUGGACAUGUUCCCGAUGGACAUGCCGGCGCCAGGCACGGCCGUCGACAUCUCACCCAGGAAGCCAAAGAAAUACGAGCUGAGAGUCAUUGUGUGGAACACGGACGAGGUCGUCCUGGAAGACGAUGAUUAUUUCACCGGGGAGAAAAGCAGUGACAUCUUUGUGCGAGGGUGGCUGAAAGGCCAGCAGGAAGAUAAGCAGGACACAGACGUCCACUACCACUCACUGACGGGUGAGGGCAACUUCAACUGGCGCUACAUCUUCCCCUUUGACUACCUGAUGGCUGAGGAGAAGAUUGUCAUCUCCAAGAAGGAGUCCAUGUUCUCCUGGGACGAGACUGAGUACAAGAUCCCUGCACGUCUCACCCUGCAGGUCUGGGAUGCCGACCACUUCUCUGCUGACGACUUCCUUGGCGCCAUCGAGCUGGACCUCAACCGGUUCCCGCGGGGUGCUAAGACGGCCAAGCAGUGUACCCUGGAGAUGGUGACAGAGACCGACCUGCCCAUGUUCUCCAUCUUCAAGCAGAAGCGGGUAAAGGGCUGGUGGCCAUUCAUCGCCCGGAACGAGGAUGAUGAGAUGGAGGUCACGGGGAAGGUGGAGGCUGAGUUGCACCUGCUGACAGCUGAGGAGGCAGAGAAAUCCCCCGCGGGGCUGGCACGCAAUGAGCCCGACCCACUGGAAAAGCCCAACCGCCCCGACACCUCCUUCAUCUGGUUCCUCAACCCGCUCAAGUCCAUCAAGUACCUCAUCUGCACCCGCUACAAGUGGCUUAUCAUCAAGAUCGUGCUGGCUCUGCUGCUCAUCAUCAUGGUGGGACUCUUCCUCUACAGCAUGCCUGGCUACAUGGUCAAGAAGCUUCUGGGGGCAUGAGGUCGCCAGGGACUGGGCCGUGGGACCAUCCUGUGUCCCGCUGCUGCCGCUGCUUCUCCUGGUUUGCAUUUCUUCUGUUGUGUAUUUGUUUUCCAAGGACGGAGGAAA